CCACCCGUUACCCGGGCAACAUCAGUAUCCAACAUGUCCGGACAGGAGAGAGCGCGUGAGCGAGGCAAAUCAGCUGAAAAGUCAAAAACUACCACUGAUAAAAAGGAUGCGCGUUUAAAUGUGAAUGAAGCAGGUGAGAAGUUUCCUCAGUGGCCAUGUCUAUCAUGUGAGAACAUAAAUCUGCUGAUGGAGCUUUCUGUGGAUCAGGUGCAGCUGCAAUUUGUGGAUGUACUUGAUUUGAAGAAACACCAAACGUGUGUGAAGGAGGCCUCACUGCUGGACUACUUUGUUGCAGGAUUUUGGUGGGCCAAGGAGAUGACCUUCACAUGCCAGCAAAUCUCAUUUAUUAUGGCCCUCUUACAGCUGCUGCUUGACAACAUCAAAGACAAACACAUGCCAUUUGCUGACAAUUUUAAGGAGUUCACCCGGACGCUGCUCGCAACUAGACAGUCAUCACCAUCGGCAAGUGCCGCUGUUAACCCGCUGUUUGAUGUGGAUCAACUCAAAUCCAUUACAGAUUACUUCAGGAGCAGUCUUUUCCAGCAUUACAGUCUCUACGAAUUCCUCUUCUCUCACCCUAGAGACAACAUGCUGCAAGGAAUGGAGAGGAACAUCGAGGUAGUUAAUUCAGCUGACUUCAUCGCUCCGCUGGAGGAGGGAACGCCAACUGAUGACCUCCAUCACAUAGCUCCCUCCCCUGCCGUGCUGCCUGAUCAGGAUUCGGACACGUGCGUGGAGAAGAAUGAGGAAGAGUCUGGUGAAUGUGAACAGAGAGAGACACUCGAAAGCCUGGAGGGCUUCAGCGUGGAAGAUGUGCGAGAAGUGCUUGGGGAAAUGACCAGAGAAGUGCUGGUAAAGCUGCAGGCAGAUUUCACAGAGAAGCUGCGCAUCCAGGAAAAGACCUACACAGCCAGGUUAGAGAGUCUCAAGAGACUGACGUCCAAAUAACGCUGCUGAAGAAAGGGGAAGCAUCCACUGUUUUUUCUUAUGUAGACAAAAAGUGUUAUACGACACCAAUAGUUAUAUAGCAAAAACAAUACAAAUACUACUAAGCUUAAGAAGCUUUAAAGAAGUCUUAAGAAAGGAAUAAAACAUGACAGUGUGUGCUGUUAAAGGAAAAUAAUUUCCAACAAGAGCACCUCCUUUAUAAUUUAUUAAUAAAUGACAUCACAUUUUUAUCCA